CAAUAUAUAGGAAGUGGGGCUGAGCGACAAUCUCUCAUUGCUGACCAUGAGGGGGCUUCUGGUUUUUGGUGUUCUUUUCGCUGCGGCCUUCAGCCAAAAGCUCUUUGUGGGAGAUCAGGUUCUCCGCAUCAGGGCCAGCAGCGAAGAGCAGAUUGCAUUACUCAGGGAACUGGGGGAGCUGGAAGACCUUCAGAUUGACUAUUGGCUUAGCCCUGCCCAGCCUGGUCUCCCAGUGGAUGCGAGAGUCCCCUUCCAUAGCCUCCAAGCAGUCAAAGUCUUCCUGGAGUCUAACACCAUUCUGUAUACAAUCACGGUAGACGACGUGCAGGAAUUACUGGAUGAGGAAAAAGAGGCCAUGAUGGUGUCCAGGCAGUUCGAGAGAAGCAGCAACAGCUUCAGCUUCUCCUCCUACCACACCAUUGAAGAGAUCUACAGCUGGAUGGACAAUCUUGUGACUGAAAAUCCAGACCUGGUUAGCAAAAUUCAGAUUGGGCAGAGCUAUGAAAAGCGACCUCUUUAUGUGCUAAAGUUCAGCACAGGAGGCGUUAACCGUCCUGCAAUCUGGAUUGAUACUGGCAUUCACUCUCGAGAGUGGAUCACCCAGGCGACCGGAGUGUGGACUGCCAACAAGAUAGUCACUGAAUAUGGCAAGGAUGCCUCGCUGGCUGCCAUCCUGGACACCGUAGACAUCUUCUUCGAGAUAGUCACCAAUCCCGACGGGUUUGCUUAUACACACAGCACAAACCGCAUGUGGCGGAAGACCAGGUCCAUCAAUGCUGGAUCUUCCUGCCGUGGCGUGGACCCCAACAGGAACUGGGAUGCAGGCUUCGGAGGCCCUGGUUCCAGUAGCAAUCCCUGUGCAGAAACGUACCACGGACCCUCCCCUCACUCUGAGAGCGAAGUGAAAUCCAUUGUAGACUUCGUCCUGAGCCAUGGCAACGUGAAAGCCUUGCUCUCCAUCCACAGCUAUUCCCAGAUGCUGUUGUUCCCCUAUGGCUACAAGGCAGAGCCUGCUCCUGACCACCAGGAACUGAAUGAUCUAGCCAGAGAGGCAGUGGCUGCCUUAGCUGAACUACAUGGGACUAAAUACACCUAUGGGAGCACGAUCGACACCAUCUACCAAGCUGAUGGCACCACUAUCGACUGGAGCUACGACAACGGGAUCAAGUACUCCUACACCUUCGAGCUGCGAGACACUGGCCGCUACGGCUUCCUCCUGCCAGCCAGCCAGAUCAUCCCAACAGCUGAAGAAACGUGGCUGGCUCUAAUGAAGAUCAUGGAGCACGUCCGGGACAAUCCCUAUUAAUCUAACACAUCAUGAACAACAGCGGCAGAGGGCAGGUGGUUAAGCCAAUGCAUGGGGGUUAGUGUCACAUUAAAUAAAGGAUUCAGCCUUGCA